CUCAGACGUGUCAAGUCAUGAUGGCGGCGGCCAUGGCCGCGAACUUUGUCGUCUGCAAGUCGUCUUUCGCGCGCAACUCGGCGCUGCUACGCGGCACCGCCUGCAAAUGCAUGAAAUCCACGAAAGCGUCGAAAAACCCGUCAGGCGCCGUCGCCGCAUCGAACGGUGGCGACGCGCGGACGCCCAAGAAGUCCGCGAGCGCCGCGAACGCGGUCAAGAAGUUCAACUUCGAAAACCUCUCUCUGUACGGACCCGUGCUGAGGUCGUCCAAAGGAACUAAGCUCGACAAAGGGCUGCGUCUCAGCUACCUCGACGAGCGGGCUCCUCGGCGUUUGAAGGUCUCUAGGUUGGCGUGCGAAGAACCCGAGACGGCGAGGGUCGUCAGGGCGGGCGAGCGCCUUUUCAGGAAUCAGUUGGAGGCCGAACUUCUGGACGCCCUGACGUCGACCGACGAAGAAGCAGCGAGGCUAGCGGCUGCGAGCGGAGACGCCGAGCAGAAGGUCGACGUGAGCAUCCCGACAAAGAGCUUCGAUCUCGAGGCGACGCUAAACUUCCCCCUGCUCAAUUUCCUCCGAGAUGGUGUGCCCGAAGACGACGACACUCACGUCGCCGUGCCAACGUCGCCGCCGCAAGACGAGGCCCAGGGCCCUCGCAAGGCGCCCAAGUACCCCAGCGUCACGACCAUACUGAGGGACACGAUCGACGAGCCGUCCAAGUUGCGACUCGAGUUGUGGAAACAGAAGAUGGUGGCCGAAAUGGGCGAGGAAGGUUUCAGGAAGUACCAGGAAUCAAUUCUUAGCCAGGGCAAGUCGCUGCAUUACAACAUCCACGAUCUCCUCAACGGGAAGCCGAAGGAGGAAAUCUCGGUGAGGCCCGAAAAUGAGGGCCACUGGCGAAGCCUCGCCCUUCUGGGCCUGAAAUCAGCGAGGUGGCUCACCUGGAAAGCGCCUGUCUGCCACCCUUACCUACAGUAUCGAGGAAUCAUCGACUGUGUGGCCAUGUGGCGGGGUGAGAUGGUGCUCAUAGACUGGAAGACGUCCAAAAAGCAAAAACCACGGUUGUCAGAUACCUACGACAAUCCACUGCAAGUGGCAGCCUAUGUCGGUGCUCUCAAUUAUGAUGGCAACUACAAAAUUCAGGUUCGCGAUGCGAUGAUUGUGAUCGCAUACGAGGACGGCAGUCCGUGCCAGGUCCAUCACCUGGGACCCACCCUUUGCCAGAGGCACUGGCAAAGAUGGCUGCAGAGGGUACGCACCUACUGGAACCAGCUGAACCAGAGCACAGCGAUGUUGUGAUUGCCGAAUCCAGAACUUGUUACCGUGCUUGCGUUACUCGGUCAUGGACAAACCAUAGAGAAGCGAUUCAGCCAUGCGUUAGCUUGGUUCUUUUUUUGCCCUGGAACUAUGUUGGAUGACCACCACCGCUGGACUUUGACACAGCUUUCCUUGUGUCACUAAAAUAUAAAAAAAUGGUGGUUGUGCAUCUGAACAGUUAACCUUGCUAUGCGAUGAACGAUGGCCUUAUAAUUAAAUGUGCAAUUGUGUAUUGCACUUUUUUGA